AACUGUCAAGGCUCCAGAACCGAGAAAGCUGCUCCUUGCAAAUUGAGUAUAAGGCGGCUUAUCGCACUAUAAACAGAUAAAAAAAACCCUGCCAAUUUUCUAUAACCCGCCUUGGCGGUUUCAACAGCCUGACGUUGCAGAAGUCCUGCGCGCCGCUAAAUGCAAACAUACGAAAAAGCAAACAUUCCGCCGGCGGUGUCUUGCCCGGCCCACCUUUUGGGUUCUUUCCAUUUCCCCGCACCUGUGCCCUGCCUUUUAUUAGUCCCAAGCGUAAUCUCAUUGGAGCUGUAGAGUCCUCCCAGCAGCCUGGGGAUGCUCUCUGGCCGAAUUCUCACGCGCGCUCUUCCUCUCCUUCCCGCUGCCAUCCAUGGGAUUGCCGAAGUGGGAGGGGGUCGUGGAGGGCGUUUCCCCGGUCGCCGCGCGGCGUCACUCCCAGCAUGCAGCGCGGGCCGCCCCUGCCGCCACCGCCGCCGCUCCUGUUCCUGCAGCCGCCGCUGCCGCCGCCUCUCCUCCUGCUGCCGUCACUUUUGCAGCUGUUGCCGCCGCCGCUCCGGGGCUGGAAGACAUGGCGGAGGGAGGCGCGGCGGAUCUGGAGACCCAGCGCUCGGAUAUCGCGGCGCUGCUCAAGACGGCUCUCCGCAAGGGCGACACCUGGUAUUUAGUGGAUAGUCGUUGGUUCAAACAGUGGAAAAAGUAUGUUGGAUUUGACAGCUGGGACAAGUAUCAAAUGGGAGAUCAGAAUGUUUAUCCUGGUCCUAUUGAUAAUUCUGGACUUCUCAAAGAUGGGGAUUGUCAAUCUCUUAAAGAGCAUCUUAUUGAUGAGCUGGACUACAUUCUUUUACCAACUGAAGGGUGGAACAAACUAGUUAGCUGGUAUACUCUUCUGGAAGGUCAAGAACCUAUUGCACGCAAGGUAGUUGAACAGGGUAUGUUUGUCAAACACUGCAAGGUGGAAGUUUAUUUGACAGAAUUGAAAUUAUGUGAAAAUGGAAAUAUGAACAAUGUAGUGACACGAAGAUUUAGUAAAGCCGAUACAAUAGAUACAAUUGAAAAAGAGAUAAGGAAAACCUUCAGUAUUCCAGAUGAAAAAGAAACAAGAUUAUGGAACAAAUAUAUGAGUAAUACCUUUGAACCUUUGAAUAAACCAGACAGUACCAUACAGGAUGCUGGUUUAUACCAGGGACAGGUAUUAGUGAUAGAACAAAAAAAUGAAGAUGGAACAUGGCCUAGAGGUCCUUCAGCUCCAAAGUCCCCAGGUGCAUCCAAUUUUCCAACUUUACCAAAGAUCUCUCCAUCUCUAUCAAAUAAUUAUAACAACAUCAACAACAGAAACAUGAAAAAUUCAAACUACUGCCUUCCUUCAUACACUGCUUAUAAAAAUUAUGACUACUCAGAGCCAGGAAGACACAAUGAACAGCCCGGUCUUUGUGGUCUAAGUAAUUUGGGAAAUACAUGUUUCAUGAAUUCAGCAAUUCAAUGUCUCAGCAAUACACCUCCACUCACAGAAUAUUUCCUUAAUGAUAAAUAUCAAGAGGAGCUAAACUAUGACAAUCCAUUAGGAAUGAGAGGUGAAAUUGCAAAAUCUUAUGCAGAGCUCAUCAAGCAGAUGUGGUCAGGAAAAUACAGCUAUGUCACUCCAAGAGCUUUUAAGACACAGGUCGGACGAUUUGCACCUCAGUUUUCAGGAUAUCAGCAACAAGACUGCCAAGAAUUGCUGGCAUUUCUUUUAGAUGGUUUGCAUGAGGAUUUGAAUCGUAUUAGAAAAAAGCCUUAUAUUCAGCUAAAAGAUGCUGAUGGAAGACCAGAUAAGAUAGUUGCUGAAGAAGCUUGGGAGAACCAUUUGAAACGAAAUGAUUCCAUCAUUGUAGAUAUAUUUCAUGGACUUUUUAAAUCAACCUUAGUUUGUCCAGAAUGUGCCAAGAUCUCUGUAACAUUUGAUCCCUUUUGUUAUUUAACUCUUCCUCUACCUAUGAAAAAAGAACGCAGUUUGGAAGUUUAUUUAGUUAGACUUGAUCCACUUUCCAAACCCAUGCAGUACAAAGUAGUAGUACCAAAAAUUGGAAAUAUACAGGAUCUCUGCAUCGCAUUAUCAACUUUGUCAGGUGUUGCUGCAGACAAGAUGAUCGUUACUGAUAUAUAUAAUCAUAGGUUUCAUAGAAUAUUUGCAAUGGAUGAAAAUCUAACCAGUAUUAUGGAACGUGAUGACAUUUAUGUAUUUGAAAUAGCCAUCAAUAGAACUGAAGAUACAGAGCAAGUUGUAAUUCCAGUUUGUUUAAGGGAAAAGUUUCGUCACAGUGGUUACAGCCAUCAUAGUGGUUCAACACAUUUUGGACAACCUUUCCUUAUAGCAGUGCCUAGAAAUAACACGGAAGAUAAACUAUAUAACCUUCUGCUAUUAAGAAUGUGUCGAUAUGUGAAAACCUCUGCUGAAACAGAAGACACUGAAGCAUCUCUCCAGUGCUGCAAGGACAAUAGUAUCAAUGGUAAUGGUCCAAAUGGAAUUCAUGAAGAAGGAUCUCCAAGUGAGAUGGAAACUGAUGAACAAGAUGAUGAAUCUAGCCAGGAUCAAGAACUGCCAUCUGAAAAUGAAAACAGUCAGUCGGAAGAUUCUGUAGGAGGUGAUAAUGAUUCUGAAAAUGGAUUAUGCACAGAGGAUUCCUGCAAGGAUCAACUUAUAGGGCACAAAAAAAGAUUGUUCACAUUCCAGUUCAACAGCUUAGGCAAUACAGACAUCAAUUAUGUCAAAGAUGAUACUAGGCAUAUACGAUUUGAUGACAGACAACUUAGACUAGAUGAAAGAUCUUUCUUGGCUUUGGACUGGGAUCCUGAAUUCAAGAAAAGAUACUUCGAUGAAAAUGCUGCUGAGGAUUUUGAAAAACAUGAAAGUGUGGAAUAUAGACCUCCAAAAAAACCAUUUGUGAAGUUAAAAGAUUGCAUUGAGUUAUUUACAACUAAAGAAAAGUUGGGUGCUGAAGAUCCAUGGUAUUGCCCAAACUGUAAAGAACAUCAGCAAGCUACCAAGAAACUAGAUUUGUGGUCGCUACCACCAGUACUAGUGGUGCAUCUAAAACGUUUUUCUUAUAGCAGAUACAUGAGAGAUAAAUUGGAUACAUUGGUUGACUUCCCAAUAAAUGAUUUGGAUAUGUCUGAAUUCCUAAUUAAUCCAAACGCUGGACCAUGUCGCUAUAAUUUGAUUGCAGUGUCAAAUCACUAUGGAGGCAUGGGAGGAGGGCAUUAUACUGCUUUUGCAAAAAAUAAAGAUGAUGGGAAGUGGUACUACUUUGAUGAUAGCAGUGUGUCGACUGCAUCCGAAGAACAAAUUGUGUCCAAAGCAGCCUAUGUGCUCUUCUAUCAGAGACAGGACACAAUCAGUGGAACUGGUUUUUUCCCUCUUGAUCGGGAAACUAAACAAGGUGCUUCUGCUGCUACAGGCAUUCCAUUAGAGAGUGAUGAAGACAGUAAUGAGAAUGACAAUGAUAUAGAAAAUGAAAAUUGUAUGCACACUAAUUAAUUGAAGAACUAGAAGCCAUACAGAUGGGAGCUCUCAAUUUUAAAAAUGAAAUUAUUCACCAAAUUAAAAAUAAAAUCUGAGAUGGGAAAUUUCAGAUAACAGAAUGUAAAUCCUUGUUACAUUUUAACUUGUGCAGUACCUGAAGUGAAACACAAUGAAAACACUAGAAUUUGUCUCUAAUAUCUUUGCAA